AUGUGGUACUUCUCGAGCUAUACCAUCUCUCACGUACCGGCUCGCACAGUUUCGCCGUAUGAUCGAGCAUCGACAGGCUACGCUGUCCAAACGCCGUUUACCUAUUCUAAAUCGAACGGCAGUGCCAAACUUACAUUUUCGCCUGGAUCGGUUAGCGUUCGUGCGGGGAAAACCACACAAGUGAGCUUCACUGUUGAACCACCCAAACUCGAUCAAAAAGAUCAUGACCUCUACGGUGGUUACAUUGUUGUGAAACCAAACAAAGGAGUGGCAGUGCACAUUCCAUAUAUCGGUGAAGUUGGAAACCGAUAUGAUUUGCCUAUACUAGAUCGUAAAUCCUUUCCAUAUUUGAGUAAACGAGGCAAUAGUACAGCUAUCACAAAAUUUCCGUACACGUUCAAUAGAUGGAGCAAUACUACUCAACUACAAGUGAACAUUAAAUUUUUGACCGGGACAGCUCGAUUUCGCAUCGACAUUGUGAACAGUAACGGGAGCGUCAUCGGUGUUAUGGUUGAAGAUCGUUAUUUGCCUGCGGUACCGAUCAGCGGAAAUCCUUACUAUAUAUAUAUUUGGGAUGGUACCUUACUCACAUCGCUCAGCUCCGUUCGUUCUUUAGUCGGAGCCGGUAUAUUUAAAAUGAAAAUCAGUGUUCUGAGGAUAUUCGGAAAUCCAUCGAGCGCAAAUAACUAUGAAACAUGGAUAUCGUCGCCGAUCAAAGUGACGUGA